AUGCCCGACCUUUACCGCCCUUCAUGGGUCAUGGUGGCUCUUUCACUGCUGUUCUCCCUCGUACCAUUCACCCUCGCCACUUCUGUGCUACAGUACUGGCGACUGAGGAAAAUCCCCGGCCCGCCUGCUGCUGCAUGGACGAACCUCUGGCUCAUGUGGCAGAUGAAUCGGAAGGAAUCCUUUUACGAGACCCGAAAGCGGCUGCAUCAGAGGUACGGCCCAGUCCAACGUUAUGGUCCCAAUCGGGUCAUGUUCAGUGAUCUCUCUGCCGUACCUGUCAUACUUGGGACAACGAAUAUACUCCCCAAGGCUUCCAACCACGAGCCACUGAAGGCUUGGGUAAACGGUUCGGAAGUCCUAUCGUUCGUCGCGUUGACGGACGACGCCAAGGCCGCGCGCCUGAAGCGCAAUCUCCAUGCCACCUUCUCCUCUCACGGCGUUCUGGGCUACGAAGCGCACGUCGACCACACCGUCUCCGAACUCGUUGGCCACCUUCAAACUGCCGGAUCGAUGGUGGAUCUGGCCGACUGGUUGAGCUGGUUCGCUUUUGACACUGUUGCGCGCAUUGGCUUCAGCGAAGAUCAAGGCUUCAUGAGCCGUCGGCAGGAUGUGGACGGCGCGCUCGAAGCUGGGCGGCGGCGCUUUGAGCACUGGAACUUUUGGUGGACUCUACCUUCGUUGGAAGGCCUGAUCUAUAAGAACUGGGUCGCACGCAACAGGAAGAAAUCACGAUCUAGUAUCAUGCGAUUGGCCAUGCAAGUUGUGGAGCGACGUAAAGCCAAGGGAGGUCUGGGCACUCAUAACGACCUCUUGGACUUGUAUAUGCAGUCGGCGGAAUCGGAUCCGCAGCUGUUCAGCCCGUCAACCAUCCUCGGUCUGACCAUCACCACCAUGCAGGCCGGCGCAGAGACGACUGCCUACUCAACGGCAAUUUGCAUGUUCUGCCUCGUUCGAGACAAACAUGUGCUUGCAAAACUCCGCGCCGAGAUCGAGUCUGUCGCUCCACCGACCGCUGAAGGUUGGGAUUUACCGCCAACGGCUGUAUUGCGCAAACUGCCGUACCUCGAGGCUUGCAUCAAAGAGUCCGGUCGACUGUAUCCGAGCAUUAACAUUAUGCUCGAGCGAACUGUGACUGACGGCCAUGAGGACAUUGCCGGCGUACACGUUCCGAAGGGUACUAUCGUCGCUAUAAACACAGCCGGUCUGAAUACCAACCCCAAUAUUUAUGGCGCGGACUUUGAAACAUAUCGACCCGAACGCUGGCUCGAGGGAAGCGAAGAACAACGCAUCCUGAUGAAUCGUGCAAAUUUGGCCUUCUCGGCGGGCAAGAGAAUGUGCUUGGGUAUCAACGUGGCGUGGUUGGAGAUGAGGAAGGCCAUCUCCGCGCUCGUCAUGAACUUCGAGAUGGAGCUUGCAUAUCCGGAGCGAGGGCUGAAGCAGAUGCCGGGAAUCUUUGGUUAUGCGGAGGAAGUCAAGGUCAAUAUAUGGCCACGGCGUCAAGACACGAAGGUGUGA